AUGAGGGCAUUAGACAACGUACAUUACAACGAAUUUGACCUAUUUUAUCAGAAGGAUUGGUCCCUAUAUCUCGACGAUCGCUCUUCUAACCACAAGGACUCCCUUGCAAUAAUCCAGGAGAUGCGAGAUGCGACAGGCAUCAAUGCACAGGCCCUCAUCGCCUUCCGUCUGGGAAUGAGAGACGCCUGGGAGAAACUUCAAUGGGUGUCGGUCCAUGUCACCACAUGGCAGGAAAAUAUUGUAUAUUCAUUAUUUGUUAUCUUUGACGUCAAUCUACCUGUCAUUUAUGGCGAGAAGAAGAAACAGGAGCUUGGGAGGCUCUUGCAGGAGGUCGUAGCUCAGUCGGGUGACAUAAGUGCCCUGGACUGGGUGGGACAAUCAUCUGAAUUCAAUAGCUGUCUUCCGGCCAAUGUUACUCUAUACAAGGCUCCACCAUAUACCCUGUCAUCCCUGUCCAAAGAUGACAUUCAGGCAUUGAUCUCCUUCCUUCAACAUGUCAUGGCUGUAGAUUUGCCUCUGAAACUUUGCACCUGGCUUGACAAUCUGAACGCACCUCAUUUCAGGAACUGCAGACUGCAUCUUCCUUGCAUUGCAUUUCAUGUCACAGCACUCAAAUGGAGUCGAGCUCAUGACCGGGAGAUAUAUGAAGUCAAGGCUGAUGGGCUUCAUGAUCUGGUGAUCACUGCGGAAGACAAGCUGAUUCAGUUCUCAUCUCCACAACCCACCUUGCAGAAAUUCUUGCUUAUUUGUCCAUGGAAUCAUUAUCUCCUUGAACUUCCUGACUUUGCACAGUCAUCUAGCUUGGUGGAGCUGCCUGACCUUGACGACACGGAGAAUGAGAAAGGUUAUUGGCCCGCGCCUGGGUCUCCAUCACAGCAUUCAUCUAGUGAGUUCCCUGAAGCACAGGAGUCAGUUGAUCCAGAAUUGAGCGAUUGA